ACAUUGAUGAUUGUUCCUUGUGAUAACAUUUGAUGUGUAUUUAGUUGGAUUAAAAUAAUUUUUAAUAUGCUCUGUAAACUUUGUGUCAAAUAUUCAGAUGGUUUGCUAGGCAUAUUCAAAGAAGAAGGUGUUGAAAUGGGUAUUGCUGAUAUUAUCGGAUUACACUUUUGGUUUAAGUUACACUCUGAUGAUGACAUAUAUGCAGCUAUAUGCCAAGCAUGCUGGUUAAGAUUAAACGACUUUCACCGAUUUUAUAAGAUGGUAGAGGAGGCUCAUUCAGUACUUGCUGAUAACAGCAUUAAAAAGGAGCCCCUAAGUGAAUUAAUGGACAUUGAAUUUAUUGAUCCUGAUCUAAGUAUUAAAGAAGAACCCGAUGAAAAGACAAAUUCGAAGGCUAAAAAGUCAACAGACAACUCGAGUGAGGUGAUAAAUCAAUUUUGCGAAUUAGAAAUGCCCUCUUCAAUUAGUAACGAAGAAACAAAUACUGAAACGGACCUGCUAAAUCCUUUUAGCGAACUAAGCUCCCAUAAAAUAAAAAAUGACAUUUUCGAAGAACUUGAAUUUAAGAAUGAUGCAAACAAUUUGCCUAAGGUUGCAGGCAUAAAAUCAACAAAUUCAGAAAUCCGAAAAAAGCAAAAAUACGUCACACGGCAAUUUUUAGGCUCUAAAAAAAUGAAGCGUAAAAAUGAAAGAGAUAAAUCUACAAAACCAAAUGAUUGUCCGAAAAAGAUUAAAGGUCGGUCAAGUAUUAAAUCGAGUUCGGAAGACAAAGAGAUGGUUAAAAAAUACAUUCCAAUGAUCUGCGAGUUGUGCACCUUUAUCAGCGAGGACUAUUCUUCAGUUAGGAAACACUUUCGAAAACAGCACCCAAAAAUAAAAUCAUACGUAAGAUGUUGCAAUAAAAAGUUAUUUCACCCUCUUGAGAUCGUACGUCAUGCGUAUAAACACGACAAUCCUGAAUUCUUUAGGUGCAAAGACUGUAAAAAAAAUUUUGCGGAACAGUCAACACUCUCCCGUCAUAUGAUAACUGCACACGCACCAGAGGAGGAACUAAAUUACAAUUGUGAUCAAUGUCCUAAGAGAUUUCCUUGCCAAAAGAAACUUGAAAUUCAUAAGAACUCGCAUGUGCCCCAGAACGAGCGAAUAUUCGUUUGUGACCUAUGUCCUAAUAGCCGCUUUGCCAGUAAUGAUCUUUUGAAAAUUCACGUAUGCAUGCGGCACCGUCGACCAACCAAUGUUUGUCAUGUAUGCGCUAAAGAGAUACGGGAUAAAGCGUCAUUUGAAAAGCAUGUUCGGUCGCAUUUCGAUGAUGGUGGUCCGAAGGUAAAAUGCACAUUGGAUGGUUGUGAUCGUUGGCUCAAGGAUGAAGAUAAUCUUCGACGACAUAUACGAAGAUUACAUACCAAAGAUCAAAAAGCGGUCAAAUGUGAUACAUGCGGGCGGGAAUGUAAAAAUCAAGAUGCAUUAACAAGACAUAAAUAUCGUGUUCAUUCAAAUGUCGUAUUUACCUGCGAGGAAUGCAAAAAGACUUUUAAGCGAGCGAUUUAUUUGCGGGAACAUAUGGCACAACAUACUGGUGAAAUUCUUUACAAAUGUCCAUUUUGUACGCGUACUUCCAAUUCAAAUGCAAAUAUGCAUUCGCAUAAAAAGAAAAUGCAUCCCCUAGAAUGGGAGAAUUGGAAAAAAACAAAUAAUGGAAGUUCACAGCAAAUAUUAAGUAAUCAACUGGAAAAUACACAAAACUUGUAUUCAUUAUAUAACAAUUAAUACAUAACCAAAGUGAAUGUUUUUGCAUUAUAUAUACAUACAUACAUAUGUAUGUAUUUAUAUGUACAGUUAGUAUAAUAGGUCUUGACUGUGGAUAUUUUAUUAUUAUCAAAUAAUGUAUGUCUUAUGACUCCACAUUUUAUGUCACAAAUACACUUAGCUAGGGUGAGCUUAACCACCAGCCACUUAUAGUGGUGUAAUCGCUAUAUUUUCUAAGAUUUAAGUGCUAAUGUUUUGGCAAAGUUUUUGAGUUUUCAGCUGUAAGACUUUCAUUUGCAAUAAAUUUGUAUAUAGAGUGGUGGCCUUACAGUUGGAAACGAUAUGCUAGAGAAGAUCGCACACUGUAAAUGCGUAUGCCGUUAUUCAUAGUGUUGUGUAUAUGUGUAUAUACAUAAAUGGCCAGGAUGA